CAGCUUUUCAGCUGAUCAACGGGCCACGUGGUAGGUAGUCCAACUAUUUAGAAAUCUUAUUAAGAGUCCUUUUUUCUUUGGUCACGACGAUAUAAAAUGGCUCCAAAGCCGAAGCCUACAGAAAAAGCUGCGGCUGGAAGCUCGGCUGAAAAGAAAACCCAGAAGAAGGAGGAGAAAAAACCAGCGACCGCUGCGACAGCGUCGAAGGUUACUAAGCCUGGUUCAUCAAAAAAGCCAGCACCAGCACCCAAAACUGCAGCUACUAAAUCUGCAGCUAAACCGGCAGCGAAGCCAGUUGCUAAGCCAGCAGCCAAGCCUGUGACUGCCAAGCCCAAGGUAGUUAAACAUGCUGCCAAGAAAAUCCCCAAGGGAGGAAAGGCUGCGCCUUUGCAAAAGGCUUUGAAGACCCAGAAGAAGGUUUUGAAGGGUGUUCAUGGAUCCCGUGUCCGUAAGAUCCGUACCUCGGUACACUUCCACAGGCCGAAGACUUUCAGACCGCCAAGAAACCCCAAGUACCCCAAGAAAUCGGUUCCUAACAGAAACCGCAUGGACGCCUACAAUGUCAUCAAGUUCCCGUUGACAACGGAAGCUGCGAUGAAGAAAAUCGAAGACAACAACACCCUGGUCUUCAUUGUACACACCAGAGCCAACAAACACCACAUCAAGGCCUCUGUGAAAAAGUUGUACGACAUUGACGUCGCCAAAGUAAAUACUUUGAUCAGACCCGAUGGAAUUAAGAAGGCUUACGUUCGUCUCGCCCGUGACUACGAUGCGCUGGAUGUUGCCAACAAAAUCGGCAUCAUAUAAGUCUUUUUUCUUUAUGUAUAAUUCCUAUCAAAUGAUUAAAGUAACAAAAAAAUUA